UCCUGCCUGCGCUUUGUUUCUGCCGGGCUCGGCGGAGAAGUUUUCGGCCGGGGUUGGAGGGGAAAACAAGUGAUUAUUUGUUAACCUGAGUGUUGUGACGGUGGUACGCGCAGGGCUUUGAGUGAGAGUCCCAGCAGCGUGAAUAGGAAGAGCACUUCUGUUCCCUCGGUUCAGCCGUGCAAAUGGGAAAUGUUUGACCGGGAGGGGGGGACGAGAGGCUUACCUGUUGUGUUAAAAUAUUUCGUAACGACAAAACAGAUUUUUAUUUUUCUUGCAAUAUUUUAUCAAGUUGGAAUGGCCACCUAGCCUGUCAGCCCAGACUUUUGUCAUACUUACGACGUAACGUAUCGUAAAGACCUAAAGGAUUGUUCUUAAUGCUUGGCAUUCGACUGUUACUGGGUGUUAUAAGGGAAAGAUGGCACAGAAUGGGAUGCGAGUGACUCUUGCUUUGAAUAUGAAUGGACUUUUUUUUGAUGAGAAAGAUUUGAGGAAAAGGGCCUGUUAUUAAUUAUUUAAAAAUAUGCUUUCUGGGCUUGUUCUGUAAACUGUUUGGCUUUAUUCCUGCAACUGGCUUUGUGUUGGCAGACCGCAGGUCCGCGGGGAUGCAGUAGGCUUAUCCGAGAGACUUGACAGCAGGAUUGGGCAUUUGUGUCCUACUUGCUUAUGGCAUAACUGGUAUCAUCAUUCUACGCAUUGGUCUUAAUUGGACAAAUCCCUACUUUGACAAUGGUUUUAUGCGUAUUUGGAAAUUCUCUGCUCCAAAAUACAUCUGUUUCAUUCUGUGGGAAAUAGUCAUGACUGUGCAAAUCUUGAAAGGUGAGAAUAUUAGCUUCAAGAUGACCUUUUGCUUUAGGGACAAUUUAACUUGCCGCUAGAGACAACAAAAAGUAAAAGCAUGCCCUGCUAGCUCACUGGCUUUACCUAAGAGAGUUGUUCAGACCAGAGGAUUUUCUAUACAGACAGUAGUAGCUAUGUUGCUCUCAGUUCUGGGGAGUCAUUCACCUGCCACCAUGACUGUAUAUUGUAUCUAAGAAUUCAAGCAGAUUUCAGAGGUCUGUCACCUCCAGCGCUUCAUAUAGACCUGUUUCCUGAGGGGCCGAAUGCAAAUCUUAAAAAGUGCACCUUCAGUGGAAGGAUGUAAUCGACUUUUCCUUGUUCCUGAUGGGCUUUAUUUUGUGCGUUCUCUGUUUUCAUGUGGAAACCUCGUAUGGAGGAGGUUACUGUUAACUUCUUCAAAAAUGCUUUUGAAGCAUUAGUUUGAUGAAUGCCUACUGGCACAGUAGUGACACAUAGCCCUUCAGCUGGGCUGUUGGAACUGUUUGUGGGGUUGGUCAGUUGGUUAGCUGCUCUGGAGCAAGGUUAAAAAUAACCAGUAGAAGUUGCUUAUACUUAGGCUGCUGAUGAAAAAGGUGUUUAUUAAACUGUUCUGACAUUAACAUAACCAUUGUUAGAUACCCCCAUCUACCUUUACAGCUCGGAGUUUCUCGGAUCAAAGGUAGCCAAAAGCUUAAAAUAAGACUUUGUUUAUAUACCCCAUCCUAAGUGCCUUUCCUCUCUCUUUGAUGAUGGCGGUGUGGUUGGUUUGGUUUGGAACUUUUUGAAGACAGAGCGCGCUGGCUUUUUUUAGAUUGUAAGAUUUCAGUGCAGGGUGUUUGUCUUCAUGUGUGUUUAUAUAGUAUCUAAAAUAGUAUGGCCAUGGUCCUAACUGGGGAUGUAUGGGUAAUGCUUUAAGAACUUGAGUGUUCAUUCCUUCCUCCGAAGUAUUUCUUAUUCUGGGCAGUUUCUCUAGUUUCAGUGUAGAAUACCUUACUUUACAGUGUCAAAUAUCCUUGAGGGUUUUUUGUUGGUUUUAUUUUCAUGUUCUUUAUUAUGCUUUACGUAUCUACUUUUUUUUUUUCCCCUUCCUCUUUUUUAAUUCUUAGGGUAAUAUUCCAGAUGUAUCCCUGAAAUCUGUGUUCAAAAGAAAGAACAAACUUUUAAAAUUUCCUUGUUAAAAUAAAAUAAAAUAAUACAAACUUUGCAGAGAUGUAUUUAAGCUUUUUUUCACUGUUGGGGUAGAUUGUGUUACGCUGGUGCAAGAGAACUUGAAAUCAAAGUUGUCUAGUUUCUUGUGCUGGAGAAAGCCAUAAUCUAAAAGAAACACUGCACAUAUAGACAGGCAAAUGAUUUUAUUUUCAAUUUUAUCCUGUUAUUAAAUUAACAUUAACUGGAAAAAUAAAAUUUUAGAAAUUAUAUUUAAGCUGCCAAAAUUCAAAGAUUCAGGUGAGAGAACCUUUGGGCAAAAUUAAUCAACAAAACCUAAGGUGAGCUCAGUAAAAUCAACUUGGGCAUUUGCAGAUCCAGAACUGGAAAGAACCAGACGUUUGGUUUCUACUUGGUCCCUCUGUUCUGCAAGUGUAACUGCAUAAAUAUGGAAUAGUAACUGACUUGUAUGUAAGGCUGUUGCUUGAUCUCAAAAUGUAUUUGUAAAAGCACGGGAGCAUUAUUUUCCCCAUUUUGCAGAUGGGAGACAGAAAUGCAGGAAUUCAGGUUUUGGGAAGUAACGUAAUGGGUCAGGGCUACACGGCAGGGAUACAGUAGUGUGUGUCAAUAGCACAGAAGACAAGAGAAAACUGGGGAAGAGGAGGAUCGGAAUGUUGUUCAGGACUCCUGUGUUCCAGCUAGUCAUGCUACUGGAGAUACAUAUAAAUCAGAGCUUCUGCUCACAUGACUCCUAUGAAUUUGGAUUUCCUUGAGACUUCCCAAAGAAACGUAGCAGGAUGUCUUUUCUCCAGAUUUUUUUUUUCUUUGUUGUCAGUACAGUGUGAGACAUUAAAAUUAACACUUAAGGCAGAGAUUGCAAUAGGUUAUGCUCACUCAGUGCUUGGACAGGAAUAUCCAAGUCUAGAAACAUUUUGGCUUACCCAAUAUUUCUAAACCAUGCCUUGGAAGAGGUUAAUAUUGUAUUUGUAUACUAAACGGGAAUGGGUGUAUUCAAAAUUGUUGACACUUAGAUUCAGGUUCUCAAAGAACACAGGUAGUAUUUAGCAGCAGCAAAUAAAGAUUUUUCUCAAUACAAAUUAGAAAAACUUGGUAAUUAAUAUUUGCAAUGUUCAAUAUUUGAGUGAAAAUUUUAACAAUGAAAUGCUUCUGUUAGAUCAAGUAACAUUAAAGUAGAAUAAAGGCAGUUUUCAGUAUUUUUUCGCUGUAUUCAUAUACUGCUGCUAUAACAAAUUAUGUCCCUUUUUAACUGAACGUCACAAAACAUAGUCUAGAAUAUUAGCUACAGCUGAAAUUAAAUUUCAGAUUAAAAAGCUCCUCCCUAAAUAUCUGUUGUCUUGAACUUUCAGAACAUGGCUAAUGAAAACGGGGGCACCCUUACUGUAAUGUUGUGUAAUUCUUCUCCCAUUAAAAUCUAUGCAAGUAGAUUGUACUUCUAACCAAGAUACACCAUAAUUGCUGAAAACAUCCUUACUGACAGCUCCACAGCAUAUUAAUGUUCUUUUUUUCCUGUAGAUCCCCCUUUAAUGAUAGUUCUUUUCCUUUUAAAUAGUAAUUUUCCUUGCUUUCAACCCUUUUUUUCUUUGUUCUUAAUGAGCACGUGACUUUUCUCCCCGGAUCUGUUUAAGACCAAGCCAUCAGAGUUUUAUGGGGACAUUAUCGUACAGUAUUAUGGUUUGCUUAGAGGUUAGCAACCUUUUAAGGGUGUUAUGCAUAAUGUUGUUAUUCUUUCAGAAUGUAGAGAUUGAGGGUACCAGUAGAAACUUGCUGAUAAUUGGGAGACGCUGCUGAUAGGAUGUAUCUUGUUUUCUUACAUGGCAAUCGUUUCUGGGUUCCAGUAAGUGAACUCAGCAAGAGCCAGGAGUUGGAGCUAGGGUGGAAAACAAAUGCCUCUCUGAAGAUGCCAUGGGUUCCAGCUCCUUGCUCUGUGCUGGCCCUGCCUGCGUGCCAUUCAAAAUCUGCACAUGUGCUAUCUUUGGAUCUGGUGCCAUAAAUUGCUAACCCAAUCUGUAGUAGUCCAUCAAAACCAGAUGGAAUAAGUAAUUUCUAACUUUGAGGAUUCAUAUAAUUUUUGGUUUAAAAAAAAAAAAAAAAAGGGAUCUGGGAAUACUAAUUAGUUACUGUUUGUUCUCUUCUUUGCCUGCUUUCCCCCUCACCCCCACACAUAGCCUUUGGUUUCUCUGGUUUUCUCUCGCUGUUCCUGCUGUUUUUUCAUCUCUUUUCUGUGUUAUUACUCGUCUUACCUUUUCUUAUAUUAGACAAGCCAACAAUUACAGAAUAAUUCUUUCGGCCGGGAACAAGCUGUGCGGUAGAAGCAGCAACCAUCACAGCAGUUGACCCAGUACAUUAUGCGCAUCUGCCUUGUAGUUUAUUACUUCUGUAUUGUCAGUGAGUUCUAGUCAAAGGUGCACCUUGGGUGAGUUCUCAAUUAGAGGCUGUGGCAUGAUGUAUAGGAGGUCGUAGUCAGAUGAAAAUACUGAUAAUAAUGUUAAUUUUGUAUCUUGAAGAUUUCUGAUAUAGAACAUAAGGCCAAAAUAUUUAAAGUGAUAUAAAUGCAUUACAGUCUGUUAUGUAUAUUAUUGUUCUUGAUGCAUAGUCUCCUGCUUCUUCCAUGGCAAUGACCAUGUAGAGCAUUUCAUAUAUCUGGAUUUUUAAUUUGAUUUUGCUCUUUGCUUUCUGUUGUGUUCAUUUUGGAUUAAAUACUACUAAAAUUUUAGAUGAAUGGAUCAAGAUAAUAUUGCCCCUAUCUCUUAGGCUGUGCUCUACUUAGUCUACUUCUCUUGGAGUAAACCUAAGUUUUUUACAUUCCUCUACAAAGAAGAAUUCCUUAAUGAACUACAGUAUUUUGAUAUAAGUCCUUUUCACUAUAUACCAAUGUUCUUACUUUUUUCGCCUCUCCUUUCCCCAAAUACUUCACCUGAGAUUUAUUUGAGAUGUCUGCUGUCUUAGCUUUGGUAUGCUUACAGAAGAGAUGUCAGGCAGUCUUGGGCUGGGCUGAGCGGUAGCCCAACAGCCCGUCUCGUGAUCCUCCUCCCCCAGUUGAGGUGUGUGUUAGGAGUGUCACCUUCAAUGUGCACAGGCAGACUGGAUGCUUCCUGGCUGCCUUAGGUUUGCUGUGCGUGUACUGGGCGGUCAUCCUGUGCCUUCACAGGUACUCAUGCUUUUCCUCAGAAACACUGGAUUUUACUCUGCACGUACAAUACGUUCAUUCUGUGCAGUUCCUGUGAGCAGUGUGGAAGGGGGUGAGAGGCCACUGUGGCUCAGCCCAGGCUGUUGCUGCCACCAGGACAUUCUGUAUAGUUCACAUUAUGCUAUUGUAUUGGGAGAGAUGGGGCAAGAGUGCUGGAUGGAGAUGGGAAAGCUGUGGUAGCAGUCUGUCUACAGGCUGCAGUUUGUGUAACCCUUGUUAGUUCAAAGUUAUUCAGCAGGCUCGUCCAUUCCAACACAAACAUCAAGCUGUUCAGAAUUAUCAACUUCAGCAGUCAGAGAAGUGCAUUUUCCUGAGGUGUCUAAUGACAUCCUCAAAUGAGCUGAGGAAAGAUUAUCCACUGGAGCUAUGGAAAAAGUUUCAGUAAUCUUUACUGUGUCCCAAUAUAGUUGGUAAGAGUUGUAACAUAUUUAAGAGUUGUUUAGAUAUUUUAUACAUAUGUAUGUAUACACACUUUAUUUCUGUUAAGUCUGGCAACAUGGCUUCAAACAAGUAACCUAUUUUCUAGCAUACAGGAUGCAGACACCCCCCCUUCCCCACACACAGUUAAAUGAGUCAGAGUGUAGUCACUUCUGCUUCUUGUCUCAUUUAAGGGACGAAUAUAUACAAUGGCAUUGGUAGGCAAUUUUCUACUGCUGUGUUUAAUUUUAUCACUUUUGUUUCUCAGGAUGUGAUCUUCAUGGUGAGCUGGUGGGAAAACUGAGUUGUAAAUCACCCCAAUGGAUGCGGACAGUGAUGUUGCAUUGGACAUUUUAAUCACAAAUGUAGUGUGUGUUUUUAGAACAAGAUGUCAUUUAAACUUGAGGAAGAUUGCAUUAGAGGGAGCAAAUGUGAUAUACAAGCGUGAUGUUGGGAAAGUAUUAAUGAAGCUUAGGAAGCCUAGGAUUACUGCCACAAUUUGGUCCUCAGGAAAAGUUAUUUGCACAGGAGCCACAAGUGAAGAAGAAGCUAAAUUUGGUGCCAGACGAUUAGCUCGUAGUCUACAGAAACUAGGUUUUCAGGUAAUUUUCACAGAUUUUAAAGUUGUGAAUGUUUUAGCAGUGUGCAACAUGCCCUUUGAGAUCAGAUUGCCAGAAUUUACGAAGAAUAACAGACCUCAUGCGAGUUAUGAACCAGAACUUCAUCCUGCCGUGUGUUACAGAAUAAAAACUCUCAGAGCUACCUUACAGAUUUUUUCCACAGGCAGUAUCACAGUUACAGGGCCAAAUGUAAAGGCUGUUGCCAGUGCUGUGGAACAGAUUUACCCGUUCGUGUUUGAAAGCAGGAAAUAAAUUUUAUAAUUCACCACUUGAUGGUUAGGUUCCCUAACCAAGCACCUUUAAAGACUGCUGCACAUUGGACUAAAAGCAAAAAGGAAAACUGGACCAACCAUAGCAGAGGAAUACAGACUCUUUUACUUGCUCAUGGCUACAGUAUAAACUCCAGUUCUUUUGGAUUUUACUCUUAACAGUGCUGUAUUGUAAAAACGGAAGUUUACAAGAUAUGAAAUUGCUGCUUUUAAAAAGACAUUCUAUUUAUUUUUGCAGUAAUUUCUGUGUAUUCAUAAGCAAAGCUGUCACGAUGUGCACUACCUUUAAAACAUUAUUUUUUUUUUCUUAGUUUGAGCUUGUGUUUUAUUUGUGAAUAGUCUUUUACAUUUUUGUAUGCUGAAUAUUGGGCACCAAAGAAGCUGUAAAAGUUAUCUUUUUCACCUGAUGAAUGUGCACAAAUAAAAGUUUGGAAAAUAUUUCUCUUCAUACCUGUUCUGUUAUAUUCCUUUCCCUUUUUCUAUUACAGUUAAAAUUGUAUAGCUGCAAAUUAAUUUGAAACAAUGUAAGAAUAGUCUUUCGCUGAUACCUUCUGUUUCUAAUUGUAGUACGUGUAAAACUUUGUGCGUGGGUUAGAUUGAAAUCUAUAGUAGUUACGUAUGUUUAUCCAAGGAUGAAAUUUGGUUUGUUCCCAGUUCUCUUAACUACAUGCCAGACUUCAAGUAUUUUCUUGCUGUUACAUGAAGAGAAGACAUUUCUAACUAUAAAGGUCUACAGCGAGUGUUUUCCUAUAGAUGAUGAGGAAAUCUUAUCAACUAAAGAAGCUACUGUAGAAAAAACAACUGCCUUGUCCACCUACUGGAUGCAAAAGGAAAAAAGUUACUAUGUGAGCUUCGUUUUUCAGGAAAGUGGUGGUGUGCUUCAACUUGAGAAGAUGGUAUGGUCAUGCUAAUCCAGCCCCAGCCUAUUGCUGAAGAAUUAACACAGACCUUUUCUACACUCUUCUUACUGUAUAAUAUUUUCAUGACAGGAGCUGCCAAAAAGCAAUGAAGCUUGAUUCUGGCGUGUAUUAUUAUUGGUAUUAAUCUUGGACUUGGAAGCCAGUAGAUGUUUCUCUCAGUAAGUGCACAUUUGAAGCAGAAGAGAGGUGAAUGCUUAAAAGUAACUGCAAAUGCUACUUUUAAAAAGAUACAAUAAAUAUGUAUAAAUGUA